AAAGUUUUAUUUUCCACCAUUCGGAAAACGGAAGGCAGAAACAAGAGAAAUUUUUGUCCGAAAAAUAAAUCAAUUUCCAAGUAGUUAAUUUUCGUUCUCUGACUUCCGACUACUUAGCGAAGAACUUUAGUGCUACAAUCUGUCGUGCAAAAUAAUUUACAAAACCUGCAAAAUGGCGUGAGAAGUGGAAAAAGAAAAGUAGUGAUUCGCCCCAGCACACUACACUGCAAAGGAAUCUCUUUUGCAAGUUUUUCGUUUUUGUGCUGAUCAUCACCCUCUUCAACUUGAAGGAUUCCUUUUUCUUCGAACAAUCUCAUGCACCGUGGGGUUGAACCAAAUUUGCUGAUUCGCUUAGCAAUGGGCAAAGAGGUGACGUCCAGUAAGGUGCAAAGAAAGAAAGAAUGACUUUUUACGGAUUUUCCCUGAUUAAUGAAAAUAUCCGCUCGGAAGGAUGAAAAUUCCAGCAGUCAAACCUCGUCAAGUUUGAAGGAGAAACAUCAGCAAUGGUGGUGUGCUUCGCUUACCACACAUAGAUGGAAGAAAGGAUUAAUGGCUAUGCGUGCAGUGAAGGUGGAAAUGUGUAGUUAACAUCAGAGGCUUAUUGCUUCAAAAUCUUUUUCUGCUUUUCUUCCUUGAAAAUAAAAGACGAAAGUGUGCUGGUAAAGAAGAAAGAAGUGAAGUUAAGAGCGUUAAAACAGCGCUUAUCGGGGGUAUAAAUUUUGAUAAUUAUUAAAAUAUUCCUUCCGCGGGUAAUCGAUAUUUCUAAUCUUCAUCGGCAUAGUGAUUGCUAAUUUCGGUUUGUUCGCGAAUUCUGGCUAACAGAAGAGAGCAGUUGCGUGAGGAAACUAUCGAUAUGUGGGCGUUACUAGCGGUUCGGCGAGUUUCAUUCACCUAGACAAUAAGGAUAUGUCUUCUAUGGAGGAUUGCUCUGAAUACAGCAAUUCUCACCAUCAUUCGCAACAGCAACACCAUCGACAUGGCAACCAACAGCAACAACAGCACCACCAAGCGAAGCUAUCAGCUGCGUUAUCAUCCAAUGCACUGGCGGCACAUCAUCAGGGUCAGGGACAAGCCGUUCAAUCGGGUGGUCCAAAUGGGAGUAACUCUACCCUCACUCGUGGCAGCCGUCGGUCAUCCUUUGGUCCCAGCCAUUAUCAGCAACAGCUGGUACCGCAGGCAGUAAAUUUUCAUGAUGGACUUGGCAUGGCCGAUAACAUCUCGGUAGGAAGCGGCAGUAUCAUUAGCAACCACUCCGGCCAACGCUACGUACCCGACCUCCAGUAUGGAACGCUCAGUAACCGGAUUAUCCACAACGAGCGGUACGUCAUUGAUGACAGCAGCUGUUUGCAACCCCCAUCGCCGGCACCCAGUAAUGACCACUAUGUCAUGGGGAUGCCAUCGCCGUCGCCCUCGGCACACCACUAUCCCGAGCGACAUUACGCGCUUCAACAGAGGACUAUGAGCCCGUCGAACAGCAGGUACCGCCAUAGUUUGACCGAAAACUAUCGUGACAUGUCACCACAAUGUGAACGCUUCAUCCCUCCCCCUGCCCAUUUUCUCAGCACCACUAAUCCACUCGCUGCCGCAGAAAGUUAUGGAUAUCUCAAUUCCAACGUGCACACCCCAGUCAAACGUUACGUUCCGACUCCACCGCCACAGGAGCCAACUUAUCAGCCGCAGACCCAACUCAUGACAGCAAUUCUAACCCAAACAGCAGUAACCACAGCACAACAAAGAGGCAGUCACCUCACCAAUACUCUGCCAUAUCGUUUCCGUGUCAAAUCCUGCCCAAACGAACAGACCAUUUCUCCACCGCAGGGCUUCGAUACUUCCGAUCAUUAUGCCACACCGCCACGUGUUCGACCUACAAAAUGUUCAUCUUCCCUGACCGCGAGUUAUUCCGUACCAAAUUCGGCCCUGUCUUCACAGGCCAUUAGUUCCGGUCGGCAUUCCCGUCAGAGCAACGAAUAUCUCAUAGCUCGAACUCCCAGUGCCGAUUUUCUAGAUCAACCGUCAUGUAGAGUUUCCACUCCAGUCAGUGUUAUGAGUGAACCGAACGGAAGCGCAUCAUGUUUGCAUUGCAAUACGUUACGUAGAACAACUGGAGUUCACCAAACAACACAGACUAGUGGCCCAAUAAGUCCACAACCUUUGCCAUUUACAUCGGCAACCGAGUCAACCGGUCGUCAAUCACCAUUAAGUCCAGCAGCAUCCAUAUCCACGCCAAAGACCACAGCUCCAUCACCCAACAGUGUACAACACCUGUCGCACAAUCAUCAUCAAUCACAAACACAACAGCUACAGCAUCACUUUCAGCAACCGUCACAUGUUUCUUCAAACGCUCUUACCGCAACUCAGUCUCAGCCACAAAUAGCGAUAGAUAACUACGGUAGUCUCGAAGCACGGGAUAUAUCCACUAUCCCAAGAAAUCAAGCCAAACAGCAUCAGCAGCAGUCUCAGCACCCGUCAGCAAACUCCUCCGAACAGAGCAUCAUGACCAGUAGUAACAGUCGUUCAAUAUUAAUCCAGUAUCAGCAGCAGAACAUUCUACAACAGCCAGCAGCACAGCAACAAAUGCAACCACCACCGCCACCAGCAGUACAAACUGUACCACCGCAACAAAUGAUCCCACAGCAAGCACCUCAAAUGCAACAGCAACCAGCACAGCCAUCACAACCACAGCAAAUGUCUGCACCUGUUGCACCAGUAUCGCUCCCGGGGCCAUCCAUGCCGACACAUUCUUAUUUCGCAUUCCGCGGAGCAUACUAUCGGCAAAAAUCGGGAACAGCUGUGGGAAACCCAUUAUCCCCAGCCUUAGCAGAUCUAGUAAUGGAAACGUUGCUAGAUCAUGUGUUAGAAACGAUCGAUAUACCCAUUCCCUUUUUAAGAAAGUAUGUGGAUGACCUGGUCACUGCUCUCCCAGCUGACAAAAUUCAACACGUGCAAAGCGCCCUGAAUGCAUACAAUCCACACAUUCAGUUCACGUGCGAGAUUGAGAGCAACAACCGUUUGCCUUAUCUGGACAUGGUCCUAAUAAGAACGAACGAACAAAAAAUUCAAACCGACUGGUACAGAAAACCAGUAGCAUCGGGGCGAAUUUUAAAUUACCUCUCUUUCCAUCCACUCACACAAAAACUUAACACUGCCAUGGGGUUCAUUGCGAGAGUAUUUCGGCUGUCUACUUGCAAAUCUGAAAUCGAAAAGAAGCAGACGGUACGAGAAUAUUUACGCAAUAAUAAUUACCCCAGCGGCCUGAUAAACAGAUUAAUAAACCGAAUCAUCAACCAGCAAGCUGUUGUUGCAGUAUCGGCUCUGUUUGAGCCUCCAGUACGCGCUGCGUUGCAUGCCCGUGGUCCAUAUCGGGAACAGUUGUUGCAGGAAGAUGGCGAUCGAAAUAAGAAUUAG